CUUUGUUUAUCUAUGACAUUUUAACAUAGAUUAUCUCUUAGAAAUUAAAAAUUAAUAUCUGUUGUAGGUACAUUAAUGACGAGAGGAUGCAAUAUAAUCACAAACUACGUUAAUACAUAGUAUCUCUUAGUUUGUGGUUAAAAAUACAAUAAAAAGGAAGAAAGGAAGAUCUGUUCACGUGCAUACAGUACAUAAGUUCAAUACGAUGUCGAAAAAUGUCGCAAGGAAUGAUUUUCUUGGUAAUUUUGAUCCAGAAACAUCAGCACGCGAACGAAGAAAAUUAAAUCGUAAAAGUUAUUUUAUGAAUCGUAAAAGUAAAAAUAUCUACAAUGAACGGGGACAGAUAGCAGUCACCGGCAAAGACCUUUGUGAUUGCCUGGAUGAAACAUGUCCGGGAUGUCAUUUUCCAUGCCCUAAGUGCAGCUCUGCAAAAUGUGGUCAUGAAUGCAGGGUUAAUAGAAAAUGGAUGUAUGACAAAAUUGAAAUAGAAGGAAAUGAUUUUGUUAUAAAAAAUGAGUACAAGCAUAAGUGAAGGACACAAAAUGAAGAGAAAUUUCCUUCAUGUGGUAUAAUAGUAGAUUGACUUUCUGGGACAAAGUCAUUGUCUUGUACAAAUUAGUAUGAGUGUGAUACCUACCUGAUUAACAAAAGAGUAACACCAAAUACCGUGUCCGUAUUAGUUUAUUUGUGAUAUUAAAUUUGACAUCAAAUUUUGAACAUGAAAAUAUUAUU